CCCAUUCGUUCUUCCUGCCUCUAAACGCACGCUGACUAUUGAUUACAAUGCCUCGAAAGACGCAGGCGCUACGGCAACAGACACAUAUGCGCAGGACCAAAUCCUCGCGCUCGCUUCAGGGCCAUGAAACAAACUCAUUUCCUUCAGAACAGGAAGACUCGUCUGGCAAACAACAGCAAUCUCUACCAGCUCAAGAACAGAUGGGUGAAAAAUUAUUCGAUGAAGAGCUAUUCUUCAACGCAGUGGAUGCUUGGAAUCACGUCUACUUGCAUACCAUUGACUUUUAACAAAAUGUAUUAUACAGGUGGCAAAGAGGCGUUUACGGGUGAGGAUAGCAACGAUAGUUUCCUUUUCAUGCCAAAGCUCGAUGUUAGUAUGUGCAGGAAGGGACUCAAUGAAU